AUGAACUCGUUGGAAGAGGAAUUAACAGCCGACGAAAAGGAGGAACUGGCCGAAGCGGCGAUCCUCGCCGGGAGAGGCUACAAGAUUGGGAGCCUGCUGGGGAAAGGGGCGUUCGGAGAGGUCCGCACGGCUUCCUACCGACGAUACGACGGACGCGUCGAGAAACUCGCCUGUAAGGUCAUCGACGUCAAGAAGCUCAAGGAGGAUUUCAUGGAGAAGUUCUUCCCUCGGGAACUGGAGAUCGUGCGGUGGAUCGACCACCCGCACGUCGUCGUCACUCACAGCAUCCUGUCGAGGAGGAGCAAGGUCUACGUGUUCAUGGAGUACGCGUCCAACGGUACUUUGUUGGCCUACGUCAAGAAAACUUCUAACAUCCCCGAGCGGAGGGUGCAGAGGUGGUUUCGACAGCUGGCAUCCGGAGUGCAUUAUUUGCACGGCCACGGAUGGGCUCAUCGGGAUCUCAAAUGCGAGAACGUCUUGUUGACCGAAAGCAACGACGUGAAGAUAGCGGAUUUUGGCUUCGCUCGCCCCGUCAGAUCGUACACGGGGAAGAAGGAAAAGAGCGCCACCUACUGUGGGUCCCGGGCUUACUGUGCACCGGAGAUCCUCCGCGGCCGGCCAUACGACCCUCUCGUGUCUGAUGUCUGGUCCCUGGGCGUCAUCCUCUACGUCAUGAUGUGUCAGCUCAUGCCGUUCAGGAACAAGAACCCGAAGAAGCUCCUCCGGGAGCAGGAGAGUCGGACGUGGAAGUUUCCGGAUCGGGUCCUCGCCGCCUUCUCGCAACCGGCCAGGGCUCUCGUCCUGUCGAUCCUGGAACCGGUCCCCGCGAAGAGAAUGAAAUUGAACGCGAUCGUGGACCAGGAGUGGAUGAAGGGUCGGGAUUCUUCCGACGACGACAGCGUUCGUUGA